AUGGCCAUCAUGACUAACAGGAGUAGCGAUACGGAUCUAUUUGUGUUUGAAGAUUACAACCAGCGAAUUGCUAUAGCCAUUAUCCUCUGUAUCAUCUUCAUUGUGGGAGCCAUCGGCAACACACUCGUCAUCACCGCCGUAGGGCUUUCCCGUAAACUUCGCUCAUCCACCAACUGGUUGGUCGUCAACUUGGGCUGUUCCGACCUGCUUACAUGCCUCUCCCUCCCGUUUAAUGUUGUCGCCUUGCUAAGCCGUGACGGAUGGCCUUUGCCCGGUUGGAUCUGCGCUGCUAAUUCGGCCGUGAUACUGGUCUGUCUGGGUGCCAGCGUCAUGACGCUGGCCCUCAUUGCCUAUAACCGCUGCUCUUUUGGUUCUGGUACCUCACUUUGCUGGGUUGGGCCGACUGGGAUACUCUUACGAGUACAAGGCAUGCUCGCAGGAUACGUCACUUCCCACUUCAGACUUGUAUAG